ACAAUAUCCCGGCUUCAAAGAUUCCGCUAAAGAGACCGAUAUCGAAACGCCUUAGUCACACGUUACAUUUCUAUUCGUGAUGUUUACGAUUGGUUGCGUCGUCGUCCUAAGUAACAAUAAACACGCGUAUUUCGUGUUUUUACGUCUAUUUUACAGUUUUUAGUUUUAUUUAAUAUUUUUUUCCUAUUAUUAAUAUUUUUAUUUUUUUGAUUUUCAUUUUUUUUCCUCUCUAUCGCCCUCGUUUACACAUUUUUUUCUUUCUCAUUUUCGUAUAUCGUCGUCGAUUGUUAUUAUUUUGUUUUUUUAAUCGUAUCGUAGUAUUAUAUUGAAUUUUUGUUAGACGGUUUACGUGUUUUUUACUGCGAUAUUGUUGUGUUGUUUGGUCACGUGCAUUGAUGUAACUUCAGUUUACGCAAAUUCUCAUUCGCAUUGGUUUGUUCGCCAAUUUUUUUUAUUGAUGUUAUGCUGGAAAUCAUCGAGAUUUGUUCCCUCUCGACAGCAUCCAAGAUUUGAUCAUGAGGUUUGUGAAAUUUGAGAACCGUUUCGAGUAAACACGCCAUUGAACGAUGAAUUCUUCGAUGAUGUGUGAAAAAAUUGAGCGGCGUUACGAUGACUGUUGAUUAAAUCAUAAAAGAUUGAUAAAAACCGCCGCCCUCAUGUCUACCAUGGAUAUUCAAGCGAUGCAGUCGAUGGACUGGCUGUUCAAAAAAGAAAGGAUUUAUUUAUUGGCUCAAUUCUGGCAGCAGAGAGCUACUUUAGCUGAAAAAGAAGUUUCGGCGCUGAAGGAACAAUUGGCAAAUACUAAUCAGCCCCACUCGGAUACUCAAAAGGUAUCCGGUAACUCCGAUGAUCUCACUUCCCAUAGACCUACGUUAGAUGAAUUAUCCGCCAAAGAUAAAGAGAUCUCACAAUUAGUAGAAGAUGUACAUAAAUUACAAACAAGCAUAGGAAAAUUACAAGAAACAACUGCUAAUCAAAUUGCAAGAUUAGAAGAAGAACUUAGUCAUAGAAAACAACAUAUUCUCCGUCUAGAGGCAAGACUAGAAUCGCAACGCGACUAUGAAGAUGUUAAAAGACAACUCAAUGUUUUAAAGGCUGUGGAUAAACGAUUAGGAGACAAAGAAGAAAUUAGUACGGCAACCAGCACGACAAGUAGCACAACGACGGAAACAGAUCGUCUAUCGGAUCGUAUAAAAAGCGAAAUUGUUUCUCAAAAACGUAAUCAAAGCGCAUCACCGCCCGAUUUGCAAGGAGAUUUGGUGCGCGCUUCGAGUCGUUCUUCCACGGAGCAAAACCUACCGUUUCCGUCUGGUGGAAACGUUGCGCCGCCGCCGGGCCUACAAAAUGUCGAACAAUUCGGAUCGUUUUUAGGAGAAGAAAUAGUAGCGAAUUGGAGACGAUCUUUGGAACGAACGAUCAUUAGUCAAUCUUCUUCUUCGUCGCCACCGAAUGUCACGGCAGCCGCGUUAUCACUUCCCCCUAGUAAAUCAUUUCAACUGCCGCCCUCGCCUACGAAUACGUCACCUGUUCCUCAUUCGCCGCCCGAAAACGAAUCCCAUAAAACCGACUAUUCCCACGAUGCUCAAGAAUCUUCCGAAGAAAUCGGUCAAACUAAAUCAAACGCUGUCCAAUGCGAAAACUCGGAUAAGGACGGUCCAAAUGAAACGAUAUCGAGAAAUGAUACGCCAAAAUCGAUGGACGCUGAUUCGCCGGCUCCGUCUUUGGAACACCAUAGUCAUCGAGGCGAUGGAAUGACCCCAUGCAAGUCGCCAGCCAGUAGUAGCGAUCCAGAAUUGAUAUCAAAUAAUAAUUCGCCGCAUUUAAACAAUAAUAAUAGCAGUAGCAACAAUAACAUACCGGCCGGUCUGAUAAACGGCCUGUGCGGCAUUAACAUGGGUCUGAAUAACAAUCUGCCUAUGAAUUUCGAUAUGCUGAAGUCGCAGUUUCGAUUCGAAGAUCCCAGAUCUCCGUUCAGAUUCGGCGAUGAUCCUGGUAGCAUCGUAGGUCGAUAUGGCGAAUCGUUGAUUCCAAAGGGUGACCCGAUGGAAGCUCGAUUGCAAGAAAUGCUACGUUACAAUAUAGAUAAAUAUUCAACGCAGAAUUUAGACACUUUACACAUAGCUAGAAGAGUACGAGAAUUAUUAUCCAUACAUAACGUCGGCCAAAGGCUGUUUGCCAAAUACGUACUCGGUCUGUCGCAAGGCACCGUCUCCGAAUUACUUUCCAAACCUAAACCGUGGGAUAAACUGACUGAAAAAGGAAGAGACAGUUAUAGAAAAAUGCACGCUUGGGCUUGCGACGAAAAUGCCAUCUUAUUGCUAAAAUCGCUGAUUCCGAAAAAAGGGUACUUAUUUUCUUCAGGUAAAGAUCCCGGUAUGCCAAAUGUGUUUUCACGUGGUGAUUCAGACAUGACGGAAGAACGUAUCGCCCAUAUUUUGAGCGAAGCUACCCAAAUGAUGAAUAAAUCGUCUCAUAAUCUUGAUCAAGAUACCCGUAGCAACGAUGAUAGUAAAUCACCGAAUCGUGGAAUGUGCGCUUCGCCUGUAUCUCGCGAUGGAUUGUCGAACAGAAAGCUAAAAAAAUACGAACAUGAUGACGUAUCGCACGAUCAAGUCGUUAGGAUAUAUCAAGAAGAAUUAGCCAAAUUAAUGGGUAGACGAUUAGAAGAUCACACAUUUCCUGGAUUCAUGUUCCCUCCGUUUUUCGGUGGCAACGGCGGUUCAGCUCCAGGAAACAGCGACGAUAUAAGAAUGUCUUUGGAUGCGUAUCAUCGGGAAUUAGCCAAAUUACAGAACUGUCCGCAAAGUCAAAUUAGUCAAAAUAUGUCCGGCUUGCUAGGACUUCAUACGCCGACGUCAGCAACGAAUAAUACUACUCCUUCGAAUAACAGUCAACCUCCGAUGAGUAACGGCAUCAUACAGGAUUUAUCAUUACCAAAAAACGAACGUAAACCAGAGUCAGUCAAGCUUCCGAAUGGCGAUUUAAGUAACGACAGAUUGGACUUCAAAAAAGAGGCUCCGUCCGUAUCUGAAUCGAUAUCGGAAGCGAUAAAACACGCCGGAAGUGCUUUUUCGCUAGUCAGACCAAAAACUGAACCUAGUUCUACGUCAGCUAGCAGUUCUCCGUUAGGAAAUUCUAUUCUACCUCCUGAAGAUUUUUCUCCUUCCGCUUCAGUUAGUCCUUUACAAAGAAUGGCGUCCAUAACGAAUUCAUUGAUCUCACAACCACCGACACCGCAUCAUCAUGCUCCGUCGCAACGUCCUUUGAAAGCGGUAUUGCCGCCCAUAACCCAACAACAAUUUGAUCAAUUUAACAAUCUGAAUACCGAAGAAAUAGUUCGUAAGGUGAAAGAACAGCUUAGUCAAUUUUCCAUCAGCCAAAGAUUAUUCGGGGAAUCUGUAUUGGGAUUAUCUCAAGGCAGCGUAUCCGAUUUAUUAGCACGUCCUAAACCGUGGCAUAUGCUCACACAAAAAGGUCGUGAACCUUUCAUCAGAAUGAAGAUGUUCUUAGAGGACGACAACGCUGUACAUAAACUAGUUGCUUCUCAAUAUAAAAUUGCACCUGAAAAACUAAUGAGAACCGGUGGAUAUGGAGGACCGACUCCGAUCACGCCGACCUCAUUAGGCAAACCUAUACCACCUACUAAUUGCGGCAAAGUUCCAUCAGUAACCGAUCAGUUAAAAUCGGAAAAUAGCAACGAUCGAUCGAGUCUACCUCAUCAUAGUUUUUUGCAUCAAGGUCCACCACAGGUACAUCCUCCACCACCGUCACCUAUAUUUUCCAAUUCAACUUCGCACCAAUUAUCGUCGAUGGAGCAUUUUAAAAAAUAUAACCUACCUACUUCUAAUUCUCAGUCGUGCAAUGUUAUGUCGCAGUCUCACAAUUUGAAUGCUUUAAGAAACAUCGGUCAACAUAUUAGUCCAUCCGUUUAUGAAAUGGCUGCUUUAACUCAGGAACUGGAUACUCAAAUAAUUACCACCAAAAUUAAGGAAGCCUUGUUGGCCAACAAUAUCGGACAAAAGAUAUUCGGGGAAGCAGUUCUCGGAUUAUCUCAAGGAUCAGUCAGUGAAUUACUUUCAAAACCAAAACCAUGGCAUAUGCUCAGCAUCAAAGGACGCGAACCAUUUAUUCGAAUGCAGCUGUGGCUUUCAGACAGCCAUAAUAUCGAAAGACUGCAAGCGUUGAAGAGUGAAAGACGCGAAUUGAGUAAGAGAAGACGAGGUUCAGGCCAAGAUAACAGCAGCGACACCUCAUCGAACGAUACCUCCGAAUUUUACAGCAGUAGCGCCAAUUCUCCGCCGUCCGCCGCCAAAAAGCAACGAGUAUUAUUCUCAGAAGAGCAAAAGGAAGCGCUCAAAUUAGCUUUCGCUUUAGAUCCUUAUCCUAGCGUAGCUACUAUUGAAUUUUUAGCUAACGAACUCGGUCUAGCUUCGAGAACAAUCACUAACUGGUUCCACAAUCAUAGAAUGCGACUAAAGCAACAAUCGCCGCAUGCAAACGAACCCCAAAUGAGUCGAGAAUCACCAGGCAAUGGUUUCGAUCCGGUUCAAUUUAGACUUCUAUUGAAUCAACGAUUAGGCUUCUCGGCUUUAUCGUUGCCCUUCCCCAAUCCGUACUUCCCGCCUAAUCCGGAACUAGCUGCGUUAAUGUCUAGAAAUAUUAUACCAACGAGCGAGCAACUUUCAGGCUUAGAUUUGAGUCUAAAACGUGACAUGAGUUCGAUGAAUUCCGACGACGAAGACGAGGAUAUGGAUAACGAUAGUCAUUUAGAAUCAGACGACUCGGGCGAUGAAACGACAGUUCCCGAAGUUACUCCUUCAAUAAUCGAAUCGAGAAGUUCGAGGCGAAAGCCGGCCGCACCUCAGUGGGUUAAUCCUGAUUGGCAAGAAGAAUCCGAAGUGAUAAUUAACGGCGUGUGUAUCAUGCAAACCGACGAUUUUCCUGCCGACCGGCAGCGUGAAUCUGAAACUGUCCAUAUUGAACCAAAGCCGGCAGUUGAUGGGGCUGAAGUCCCAAGUCAGGUUUCUGAAAGUACCGAGGGUAUCGACGAAACUGAGCCUAGUAAAAGUGUAGACGCGGAGCCGGAAGAGAAGAUCGAUUUUAAAAAAGAUCAUUCCAACUCCGAAGAUAGCGACGACGGUGAAACCGAACAAAUCGACGAUAACGAAGAACGAUUUUAAAUAACCACCAACGUUGGUCAAACUUCGAGUUGAUAUUUGUAGAAAAAUUCUUGUAUAUUUUCUCAAUAUUUUGUGAUGUAUUUUUUAUUAAGACUUCGAUAUACCCUUUCUUCUUCAUUAUGUUUGUUUUCGAUGUUUACGGAUAAACAGUCGAACGUUACGAAUUCUAAACACUAAUUUACAUGUUCCUAAAUUUACUACACGAGCGGCAUUAUUAUCGUAAUUUUACGUGUCUAAAAUUUAUCGUAUUGCGUUUCGAAACGACUUGGUUUUCGCAGACUUCGUGAACGAACACAAUUAUUAAGAGUUCUAGUCGUUUUUUGCAGUUAAUAUUUUAAAAAUAUAUAUUGUUUUUAUGUG